AUGACACCUACGGUCGAUAUGCCUUCUCUUCUGGGGCAUGUUCAGCCCAACGGCGUUGAAGCAGAGGCCAAUGGCCAUCGUCGACCCGAAACACCGGCCGGCCGAAUGGCCCUGACCGACUACAGCAUCAACCCCUCGCCGUCAUCGGAGGAGACCAGGGCGCGGUUGCGAAAAGCCGUUCCAGAAGACCUCUUACUCCCCAACGGAUAUCCUGAUUAUCUUCGCAUGAUUGCCAGUGCCACCUCGAGAGUCUACGAAGCCUGCAAAGUCACCCCCCUCACGCCCGCCCCCAAUCUCAGCAACCGACUGGAGUGCAAUGUCCUCCUCAAGCGAGAAGAUACGCAGCCCGUCUUCAGCUUCAAGCUGCGCGGCGCAUACAACAAGAUGGCUCAUCUGGAUCCUGCCGUCAGCUGGAAAGGCGUCGUUUGCUGCUCUGCAGGCAACCACGCUCAAGGCGUUGCCUACUCCGCCAGGAAACUCAAGAUCCCCGCCACCAUCAUCAUGCCCGAAGGCACCCCGAGCAUCAAGCACAUGAACGUUGCGAGACUGGGAGGCCACGUCGUCCUGCACGGCGCCGACUUUGACGCCGCAAAGGAGGAGUGCGCGCGUCGCGAGAAACAAGACGGCCUGAUCAACAUCCCCCCCUUUGACGACCCCUACGUCAUUGCGGGCCAGGGAACCAUUGGCAACGAACUCUUUGGCCAGGUCAACAUGUCGAGGGUCGAGGCCAUCUUUUGCUGCGCCGGCGGCGGGGGCCUCAUCGCCGGCAUCGGCUUCUACGUCAAGCGCAUGGCCCCCCACGUCAAGAUCAUCGCGGUCGAGGCGUACGACGCAAACGCUCUCUCGCAGUCGCUGGAAAAGGGGGAGCGAGUGGUCCUGGACCAGGUCGGCCUGUUUGCCGACGGCGCCGCCGUCAGGACCCUGGGAGAGGAGACGUUCCGGAUCUGCCAGGACGUGGUGGACCACGUCGUCGAAGUGACGACGGACGAGAUUUGCGCCGCCAUCAAGGACAUGUACGACGACACCCGGGCUGGCCUGGAGCCCGCGGGCGCCCUGUCCAUUGCCGGGCUGAAGAAAUACGUCGCGCAGCACCCCUCGGAGGAUUCCCGCCGAACCCUCAUCGCCAUAACCUCGGGCGCCAACAUGAACUUUGACCGCCUCCGCUUCGUCGCCGAGCGUGCCGCCGUCGGCGAGGGCAAGGAAGUUCUCCUGGCCAUUACCAUCCCCGAGCGCCCAGGCGCCUUUGCCAAGCUCGUCGACACCAUCAUGCCCUACGCCGUCACCGAGUUCAGCUACCGGUACGCGGACAAGGACGUUGCCAACGUCGUGCUCGGCCUGUCGCUAACCGCGCCCGCCUCUCAGCGAGGCCAGGAGCUGCGGAUGCUCAUCGACCGCAUCCGCAACGAGGCCAUGACGGUCACGGACCUCUCGAGCGACGAGCUCGCCAAGAGCCACCUGCGCUACCUCGUCGGCGGCCGCUCCGACGUGGCCAACGAGAGGCUGUACAUGUUUAGCUUCCCCGAGCGCCCCGGCGCGCUGGAGCGCUUCCUCAAGACGCUUCGGCCCAGGUUCACAAUCAGCCUGUUCCACUACAGGAACUACGGCGGCGACAUCGCCAAGGUGCUUGCGGGCAUUUCGUGUCCCGACCAAGACAGCGGAGAGCUCUCCCAAUUCCUCAAGGACGUAGACUAUCCCUUUGAGGAGUGCACCAGCUCGGAUGUAUUCAGGACGUUUUUACGAGCGUAG